AACGCUCUAUCAAGCAAUGAAAAAUUGUCUUCACUCUAUUCACCCGUUUUCACAUUCGAACCCGGACUAUUAUUGUCAAAGUCAACCCGCUAGAGCUUGCAGUUUUCUUCGCAUUUACACCCGGCCUACUAUUGAUGUCAACGUCAAACAUUACAUAACCCUAGUUAACCCAACCCAGUAAACAAUGUUGAACUUGAAUUAAAUAAAUCUCAUUAAUUUAACCGAUUGCGGGGCUAAAAACGUAAAAUAACCCAAUGGAAUGCAUAGACAAUUAUGAACAUUUGAGCCCUCAAGUUAUGUACUUUGCCAAAUGCCUGCCAUCGAGAGAAAUCGAGAAAACAAUGAAACCAACCAGCGUGUUUUGCAACUGCAAAGAUUCAUGCAGUGAAGAAACGAAUUGCAACUGUAUUAAGCGAAGUGGAACCAAGUUUUGCUUCACGGACGUGGAGGACUUGGAGUCCUAUCGGUUGGUGGCCAAAAGCGUAAACCGGCCGACCUAUGAGUGCAAUGAUCAGUGCCAAUGCUGCGCCUCGCUGUGUGGCAACAAAUUGGUGCAGUGCGGCCCCAGAAAGGGCCUAGAAGUGAAACUGUGCGAAGAUGCACGAAAGGGCGAAGGCGUUUUUGCAGGAGACCCCAUCGCUAACGGCAGCUUCGUUUGUGAGUAUGCGGGGGAAACAAUUUCGGAAAAGGAGGCCUCAAUUCGGUUUAAGCUAAACGCGAAACACCGCCGAAUGAACUACAUCUUUUGCAUAGACGAGCAUUUCGGCGAUAACAGUGUGAAGACCUUCAUAGAUCCGACGGUGUACGGCAAUAUUGGCAGAUACAUUAAUCACAGUUGCGACCCAAAUUGUUCAAUGAUUAUCACUAGAAUUCACGACAACAUACCAGUGUUGGGAAUCUAUGCUUGCAGGGAUAUUAAAACGGGUGAAGAGUUGAGCUAUGAUUAUGGCAUCAGUGAUUUAUCUGGGGGAGUUGGUGAAUUGGAACCAAACAGAACGAAAUGUUUAUGUGGCAGCACAAACUGUAGAGGGUUUUUACCGUACGACAGUAAAAUAAUGUAGCUAAUGGCAAUAUGGAAUGCGUGCAAUACUCACCGCUGAUUUGUAAUACUGAAUAUAGUCACCGCAGGGAAAAACAAGG